CUGUCUCUCUCUCUCUAUCCAUCUCUCUCUCUCUCUCUCUCUCCCUCUCUGUGUCUCUCUCCUCCUGAUAUUUGUAAUGGUAAUGUUGCUUUCCUGCCCUAAUAUCUCCAGAAGUGUCCCAGUGUGAAAUCCUGUUUGAGAGUCACCGCUUGGAAAUGAACUAGGGGAGGGGGGAUGUGGGGGUGCUAAACGGUCUUAAAGGCCCUGUACUAAAUCAGGCUGUCUUUGUUAUAAUCCUGAGCCGAUAACUCUGUUAGACUGCCUGAUGGGUAGGGGCUGGCCUAUCGUUUAUUCACAGCACAUCCUGCUCCUCUGUCAUCCUCCAGCGCUGCUUGUUUUACAGCAUGUUCACAACUGAGCUUCUGACGGUUACCAUGGCAAUCAGUUUCCUGCUUUACCUGGCUCUCUACUACGAGGCAUUUCAUGUGCACCUCACACUUGCCUACGCACAUCUGGGAUACGCGACAGCACAGCACAGCAUUGGACAAAGAUACCUGCAAGGUAAUGCUGUGACAAAGUGUGAAGACACAGCCAUGAAAUGGUUCAGGAAAGCUGCUGAGCGGGGUCAUCCCCACUCGUCCUACAACCUUGCGGUCGGCAAGCUUAAGGAGAUGGCCACCGAUGUGGAGGAUGGGGAGUUGGAGGGGCUCCUCUCCAGGGCUGCCGAACACGGCUUAAAGGAGGCGCAAGACAUCUUGGAUCACCUUUACAAGAAGCCGGAUGAUUCCUAAGGACCGGAUUUUCCCAGCGGAGCUGCCUGUCACACCCUGUCACCCAUACAUGCAGUGUCCGGAUAAAUCUUCCAGAUGUAUAUGCACCGUCGAUGGAUCCCUUAUCUCCUCCCUGUGCUUUCGCAAAAUACUAUAGUUGACUGGUCGUGAAAGGUUUUAUAAUAACUCUUGUUAACUCUAUCGUAUGACCUGGUUAAUUAGACCCCUGAGAAGCCAAUAACCUUUGAAGGGAAAUUCAGACUGCCAGUUAACCGCCGGGGGAAUAACCCAUCCAGAUUUCACGUUUUAAAACCCUUACUGUAACA